UUGGUGCUGGGUCCCAGUGGAGUGCUCCAGGGCAUCAGGCCAGGGAAAUGUUACGUAGAGAUGUCUACCGUUGACCCAGAGACCAUCACAGAGCUCUCACAGGUGAUAUCGUCGCGGGGCGGGAGAUUCCUGGAGGCUCCUGUGGCAGGGAGCCAGCAGGUGUCUAACGAGGGCAUGCUGGUCAUCCUAGCCGCCGGAGACAGGACGGUCUACGAAGACUGCAGCUCCUGUUUCCAGGCCAUAGGAAAAACCUCCUUCUUCCUAGGUGAGGCGGGUAACGCAGCGAAGAUGAUGCUGAUCCUCAACAUGGUACAGGGAAGCUUCAUGGCCACCAUCGCCGAGGGGCUGACCCUAGCCCAGGCCACGGGCCAAUCACAGCAUACCUUCCUGGACAUCCUGUCUCAGGGUCAGAUGGCCAGCACCUUCGUGGACCAAAAAUGCCAGAAUAUCCUACAGGGCAACUUCAAACCAGACUACUAUUUGAAACACAUUCAGAAGGAUCUGAGGCUAGCCAUCUCCAUGGGUGACACAGCCAAUCACCCAACCCCUAUGGCUGCAGCAGCCAAUGAGGUCUACAAGAGGGCUAAAGCACUGGACCAGUCAGACAACGACAUGUCGGCUGUCUACAGAGCCUACAUUCACUAAACCUCCUGAAGAUCCUAUCCUCUCCUCUACCUAUCCUCUCCUCUACCUAUCCUCUCCUCUGGACCACUUGUCUUUUAUUUUUGUAUAUUUUAUCUAUAUUCAUUUCCCCCCUUUUUUUUUCUCCCCAAUUUUGUGAUAUCCGAUUGGUAGUUAGUCUUGUCCCAUCGCUGCAACUCCCGUACACAUCC